GCAGCCUUGAAUAUCUUUUACUGGGCAUAUAUAUGAUUAUUUUCAUUUACCUGUACUUAUUUCUCUUCCUCUCAAUUCAUUUUUUAUCUGACUUUCUUCACCAAUUAAUAGAAGGUCGGGAGAGAGCGCCAUGCUCAGAGUCUUGCGACAGGGUGAAUCAAUUUGAACGAGAGAGAGAGGGAGGGAGAGAGAGGGAGGGGUAGAAAGGGAAGAGCGAGGGAGAAGGAGAAAGACAGGGGGAGAAAGACAUCGAAUCAGUGCCGCAGCUGUUGAAGGAAUAUAGGUGAAAACGAAGUAACUAUUUUUUCCAUACCCGAAUCCUGAAGAAAAAGGACAAAGAUCACUAUUACAUUACUCCAUUAACAAAUUGCAUUAAAAACCAGGCAAAUGUGAUAUUUUGGAAGUAGAAACAAAUAAAAACGUGCACCGGGACUGACUGGAUUUUCCUGCCUGGAAUAGACCCAUCAGCACACCUGCAAAGGGGAGGGUCAUGACCCAGUUGCCAUGCGCAUCGUCACGGUGACCAGCCUUUCCAGCCCCUCUCCCCUCCUCCUCUUGCUGGGCCAGCUGCUCUUGUGGCUCCUCCUACCUAGGCCAGGAUUGGUAGGGGCUGCUUCAUCCUGCCCUGGCCCCUGUAGUUGUUCAAAUCAGGCCAGUCGAGUCAUUUGUACACGACGGAAUUUGGAGGAGGUGCCAGAAAGUAUAUCUAUCAACACACGAUACCUCAACCUGCAGGAGAAUUCCAUACAGGUGAUCAAAUCGGAUACCUUCAAGCACCUGAGACAUCUGGAGAUUUUACAGCUGUCAAAGAACCAGAUUCGGCAGAUUGAGGUGGGGGCCUUCAACGGCCUACCAAACCUCAACACUCUGGAACUCUUUGACAACCGACUCACCCUGGUCCCAUCCCUGGCCUUUGAGUACCUCAGCAAACUCCGUGAGCUAUGGUUACGCAACAACCCCAUAGAGACGCUGCCUGGCUACGCCUUCCACCGUGUGCCCUCCCUGCGGCGGCUUGACCUGGGAGAGCUCAAGAAGCUCGAUUACAUUUCCGAUGCUGCCUUUGUGGGACUGGUGAACCUACGCUACCUGAACCUUGGCAUGUGUGGCCUGAAGGACAUUCCCAACCUCACACCGCUCAUCCGGCUGGAGGAGCUGGAGUUGUCUGGCAAUCGUCUAGAGAUCAUCAGGCCCGGAUCCUUCCAGGGUUUGGUGUCCCUUCGCAAGCUCUGGCUCAUGCACUCCCAGGUGUCCGUUAUUGAGCGCAAUGCCUUUGACGACCUCAAGAAUCUGGAGGAGUUGAACCUGUCACACAACUCCCUGCACUCGCUACCGCAUGACCUGUUCACCCCGCUACACCAGCUGGAGAGGGCACACCUGAACCACAAUCCUUGGGUGUGCAACUGUGACGUGCUGUGGCUAAGUUGGUGGCUGAAGGAGACAGUGCCCAGUAACACCACCUGCUGUGCUCGCUGCCAUGCACCACCCGUGCUAAAGGGAAGGUAUAUUGGGGAGCUGGACCAGAGCCACUUCACUUGCUAUGCACCCGUGAUCGUGGAGCCGCCAACCGACCUGAACGUCACGGAGGGAAUGGCGGCCGAGCUCAAGUGCCGAACAGGAACCUCGAUGACAUCGGUGAAUUGGAUCACACCCAAUGGCACCCUCAUGACCCAUGGCUCCUACAGGGUCAGAAUCUCAGUGCUGCAUGACGGCACACUCAACUUCACCAACGUCACGCUCCGGGACACGGGGCAGUACACAUGCAUGGUGACCAACUCUGCGGGCAACACCACAGCAACUGCCGUGCUCAACGUGACCGCUGCAGACGUCAGCAUCAACUACACCUACUUUACCACUGUCACCGUGGAAACCGUGGAGACUAAUGGAGAGGAGAAUUCAGCCCGGCAGGACAUAAAUGAGACUUUCAUCCGGAUUCCUGGAUCCACUACUGGAGAUAUUUGGGGUGCUGGGACAACUCUGGCCACAACAUCUUCUUCAAUCUCACCUUCCUGGUCCUCCUCUUCUCCCAGAGCUACUAAGUCUACAGAGAAGGCCUUUACUGUACCUAUAACAAACAUUCCCAAAAUGCCUGGCCUCGAUGACGUUAUGAAGACCACCAAAAUUAUCAUCGGCUGUUUUGUGGCCAUCACUUUUAUGGCUGCGGUAAUGCUGGUUGUUUUCUACAAGCUGCGGAAGCAGCACCAGCUGCACAAGCACCACGGCCCGGCAAGAGCUAUUGAGAUCAUCAAUGUGGAGGACGAGAUCGGUGGCGGGGGAAGUGGUGGACGAGGUAGUGGGAUCUCCGGGGGAACCACCAUGCAUUCUGGGAGUGUGGGAAGCACAGGUGGUGGGCAAAGUCUGCGGUUACACCAUCCGGAACUUGUCAACCUCCCCAACCUAGCUAAAGCUGAUCAUCUCAACCACUAUUACAAGACACAUCAUUUCAACAACAACAUGAUGGGCAUGGGCAUUGGGGCAGGGCCUACAGGAGGGGGGGCACUCAACAACAACAACAACCCGUCUCCACUCUCCCCGCCCUCCCAGACUCCUCCCAUCUCCUGCAGCCAGGUCCCAAUGUCCUCUUCCAGCUUGCAGACCCCCUCCGGAAACAGUGCCAUGCCCACCCCCCUGCCUCUGCCCCCGAUGAGCCUCCAUGCCCCCCUGAAGGGCCUGAUGGGAAAAGGCCAGAAGCCUCAGAUGGAGCCGCUGCUGUUUAAGAGCAGCUCCAAGGAGAAUGUCCAGGAGACGCAGAUCUGAAAGGGGGACAGAAAGAGACCAGAGAGUACUGCUUCUGCUGAUGGCACUGGUUGGGAGGUGAUUGGCAUAGGGGGGGUGGGGGCAUCCAAUACAGUAUGAACAUAGAGGCACUGCUGUGCAUUGGCAGAGCGCCCCCCUGCCAGCAGAUUCCAAGGGCCGGUACUGUGUGCACUCAAAUGGGACAGUGUGAUACACUGGCACUCUGCUGAUGUGAGUGCUCGUAAAAACCAGUGAGAUUAAUCUGUGGACCUUUCGACAAGGCGAGCUAUCUGUGCCACCGCAGUGCUGAACUGUGCCAAAGUGAGCAGAGGAAGGACAAAAACAAGCCUUUUCAUUUAGUUUGCAUAUCAGCACCCUGGAGCCACCAGGGUGGGCCAGAAACACAGAGGCGUAUUAUACAGUACUACAGUACUACUCCCAUACUACAGCCCAUAAUGCAGCCACGUUGACAGAACACAGACCUAGUCCAGACCACAGGACUGUACUACAACCCAUAACACGGCCCCUUUAACAGAAGACAGACCUAGUCCAGACCACAGGACUGUACUACAACCUAUAACACGACCCCUUUAACAGAAGACAGACCUAGUCCAGACCACAGGACUGUACUACAACCUAUAACACGGCCCCUUUAACAGAAGACAGACCUAGUUUAGACCAGAGGCCUGUACUACAACCUAUAAUACAGCCCAUUUGACAGAACACAGGCCUGGUUUAUAUCACAGGAUGGCACUACAACCCAUAAUACAGCCCUUUAAGAGAACACAGACCUAGUCCAGACCAUAGGAUGGUACUACAGCCCAUAAUAUAGUCCCUUUGACAGAACACAGGCCUAGUCCGGACCACAGGACGGUACUACAGCCCAUAAUACAGUCCCUUUGACAGAACACAGGCCUAGUCUAGACCAUAGGACGGUAAAACAGCCCAUAAUACAGUCCCUUUGACAGAACACAGGCCUAGUCCAGACCAUAGGACGGUAAUACAGCCCAUAAUACAGUCCCUUUGACAGAACACAGGCCUAGUCCAGACCACAGGACCAUAUUACAGCUCAUGAUACAGCACUGCACCUUGGGUUUAGGCAACAGGAAGGUUUAUUUUUUCAGAAUUUUUGUCAGUCAUUCCCUCUCCCUUCUCUACACCCAAUGGACUUUGCUGAACAAGAUGAAGAACAGGAGAAGAAAGAGAGGAACUAUGAAGAGAAAACGAUGGAAAAUCCUAAACGAGUCAAAGCUAAAAUGCAUACAGUAUAAGAGAGUAUAUGAAAUACAUACAGUAUAUGAGAGUAUAUUUUCAUUUGAAGAAAAGAAAUGAUGGAGUCUUUAACAAAGCCACAAACUGAAGAGCAUCAGAGCUGCUAUCAAUACAGCUGUUAUUAUUACUGUUAUUAUCAUUAAUAAUAUUAUGACAAAUAUUAUGUCACUCAUGUUUUUUUAUUGUUUUGAUAUCCUGGAGAAGGGGGGUUGGAAAUGGAAUGAAACAGAAGGCAAACCUUGGCUUGGUUAGCUGGUUAGCUGCCUAAACCUUGGCUGGUUAGCUGGGUAGCUAUCCUAAAAUCGAUUAUGAAGGUGAUUCCCGUUAGAUGUGCCAGACAGAGCGGAUUGAGGUGGCGCUGCGCUGGGCCUGGCUGCCCACUCGCCGCACACACGCUCGCUCCCGCUUCACGCCUUAGUUCCCAGGUAGCGAAGGUUAGCGACACACUCGUCACACACCGCUGUGUUACUCUGCGCCAUGUACAGGUAGUCGCCAUGGCAACAGGAGCGCCGUGACCGCGCGGCGUGAGCUCACGCCACACAGGCGCCUCUGCUGUCUGCAUCUCCAUCUGCAGCUCCAUCUCCCUCCGUUUGCCCUGGUGUUGCUGUGAUUCCGUUUGUAGCUUUCAAUAACACGGCUUCGUUAAUCACAGGAAUGACCUUGCGUUCAGCCCCUUCGGUGAUUUUUACUUUCUUUGUGUUCAUGGUUAACAAAUUAACACAAAAAUGGUUAAAAAAAAUAAUAAAACGAGAUGGCCACUGAUGAAAGAGGAGGAACACCCCAACCCCGCCCACCCCACACACCCCCGGCCAAUCAGAUAGGGCUGCAGCAUCCACUUUGACCCGCCCUGUUGUUUUGAAUGGCAUCUGCCUCAGCCAGUCAGGAUCAGAAACUGCCAGAAUGGCACUUGGUUGAUUACAUUGGGACUGAACAGCACAAUAAGGACUCACAGGGAGAAUGGACAGCCAAAGUAAGACAGGACAGUUUUCCACAAGGUAAGCACCUUCACUCAGUGCAAGAGGGACUAGAUUGAAACAGCCUGUGGAUUUUUUAAUAAUAAUGGACAAAUCAUUGAAGAAAUAUAAAAAUUAUAGAAAACAAACAAAACCAUCACAAAUAUAACAGGUGUUUUUGAUUUUUAUCCUGUUUUAUUUUUGUUUUUUAAUCCACUGUUCUCUUAAUUGUAAUAUUGUUCUUGUUAUGAUUAGCUAAUAUUAUGGUUCUUAUUAGGAGAAGUCUUCUGGGGGGGCAAAUGCUCUGAGGGGGUGUGAGGCCCAUGUGGGGGGGGGACUCUGACAGGAGCCUGCCCACUGCGCCAUGCCCAACACCAUCCCUGUUUCCAUGACAACUCACCGUGAAAUUGCUGCAUCGCAGCGCAUGAGCCCCCGCCACAACUCAGCCCUGAUCAUGACAUCACACGCAGGAUGGGGACCCGAUGGUGCUGCUUCCCAAGCGAGUGUGCCCAAGUCUGAGGGGGAAAACAGUGGUGGAUGGCCAGACCAAUCAAACGAGGCGAUGGAGAAACCUGUGCCUGUGUGAGAGUGAUUUCGAUUGGUAGAAAGUUGUGAUGUCAUGAACCAGGAGAAGGGUUCAGCUGCUGUUGGAGCACCGUGUAAGGGUCAGGGGUCACGAGAGAGUGUCAUCAGCCCUGGGUUUUCACGUUAUGUUUGGUUAUUUAGUGUGUAAUUUUGUUGUUCUUGAUGUGGGAAACAGUGCAGUGACAGGGGUGAGGGCCCUGGGUGGAGGCCCCAGGGCCCGCCAGCAGACACCCCAGUGCGGGCAUCCUGUGCGCAGGCUUCCUGAGUGUCAUGUGUUUCUUUCUGCUGCCUCUGGCUGCUCUUCCUUCAGUACCCAUCAGUACCAGGGUGGGUUUGGCAGGAGAGCUGGUGGGGCGGAGGGGGGCCACUCCAUCCGCCUUAAGACCACCAGUCAGUCUCAUUUGUGUUUCUUCUGCCUCCGCAGCACACGGUGGGUGUGUCUGCUCCAUUCCCAGAAUGCCUCUUUUUCCCAGCAUGCCAUGUGGAGACCGGGCCUGGAACCUGCAAAGCUGAAGCAUCCUGAGGUACCCAGAGCUGAAAUAGACACAGCUUCACAGGAGCAGGGGCCAACCUGCUGGGGAAUUCUGGAAAAGUGCAGAGAUGCCAUGAAGGCCGGCCUGCUGGGGAAUUCUGGAAAAGCGCCAGGUUGCUGCAAGGGCUGGCCUGCUGGGGAAUUCUGGGAGAGCCUAGGUUCACCAUGGGGGGCUGGCCUGCUGGGGAAUUCUGGGAAAGUGCAGGGUCGUCACAUGGGCCGGCCUGCUGGGGAAUUUUGGGAUAGCACAGGGCUAACACAGAGCUGACCCACUGGGGAAUUCUGGGAUAGGAAGGGCCACCACAGGGCCAGCUUAGCAUGGAAUACUGGGAAAGUGAGUGGUUUCCACAGGGCAGGCCUGCUGGGGGAAUUCUGGUAUUGUAGAAUGUAUUUAGCUACUGUUUCUGUUACUAUGUUCAUCAUAUGCAGCUUCUGUAUUGUGCAAUGGCUGUGUUGUCAGAGUUUGUUGGUUGGUGGCUGCCCAACAACAAGAAUGAGCAGUAUAGCUAAGCGGAGGCCAAAGCCCUCUGUCUGCAUAGCAAUGCCCUGCAGGGGGCAGCGGUGUGCACACUGUCACUCCCAUCGCAUUUGAAGUUUGUGGAUGAAAGUGAUUCACAUGCACUUGCUAAUUGCUAUUGAAAUUGCACCAUUUAUACUAAUUAAAUGUAUUAAAGGAAUGUAACAGAGAUGGGAAAGGCUGGGAGCUGGUGGCUGGCAAAGGAGGCCAUUCUCUGUGCCGACCAGUGACGCCUGGAUCUCCUCACCUUUAGCCUGUCAUGUGACUCCUGUCCAUAUGCAGACGCCUGUGUCCCUCUGUUUUGGGAUGGCUGUUCCAGGUGUCUGGAUCUCUUUGAGAGCUGAUGGAAUCAGGGAACGUGAAGGAGUUGCAUUUCAUCUCCUGGUGUGAUGGACGCCACGGCGGGACGUGGCAAACUGCUUUUUUUCUAAAGAGCGACCAGGGCUAUCAGGGCACGGCGAUGUUCAAGAAGUCAACCCCAGAGGGCGACGCUGCACUCUCAAAGCGGACAUGUCAGUGUUUACACACCACUUACUUCUCGUCCAACAGCGGUGACUGUUCAGGAUGCUCUUAGGUUUGUGUGUAAUGUCAUGCAAUAAACUGGGAAUCCUGCAGCUCCUCUGCACAGCGCCCCUCAGUGGACGGGCUGAGUGUGAUUGAGUGUCGGGACGCAGUAAUGCAGAGCUGGCAGGACGGCAAUGCUCUAGGGGCCUACAGGAUCUGGAGUGUUUAGUCUCACAGCUCUCUGUCCAUUAAUUAAGGUUGUUGUUUGUGUGACAGUCGCCUUUUGCACAUCUGCAUCAUUCACUUUAAGGGCCACUGGCUAGUUUUUAAUAGAGAAAUGCAGGUGAAGCUAUUUUCUGUCCAGACAAUGACUUUAAUUAGUGAACUGGAACGCAUGACCCCCCCCCACCCCCAGGAGUGGGGCCGCUGUGGGCACACUGGAGUGUCUCUGUGGCAGAGCUUAAGGCGCAUUUCCAAUACACCACUGUCCCAGAUACACACUAUGCAGCUGAUGCUAUGUAGGUUGGGGGGGGGGGGGUGAUUUAAGGAAUGUUUCCUGUGAGACUGUGAGCCUCACCUGGGGCAAAAUGUGGCAUCAUGUACGGACAGACAGAGCCAGACAGACAGAGAGAGGCCAGUGUACAGCCAUCCGCACCUGGCAUUGCCGUCACACUGACACGAUGUUCAGCUCUGUAUUUCGGGAGGGAUUCCUUUGUCAUUACAGGCCUGAUCCUUCCUCUUUCCCUUUGCCUCGUCCUGGUUCCCUGUCAUUUUCUUGUUUUUGUCACUUCUUUCUAUUUUCUCUGCUAUGAUUAUUCUUCAGUCUGAGUGAGUCAGUCGUGUUUUCUUGCAGCUUAGGGCUGUGAGUCUAUUAGCACAGACACUGGGACCACCCCCCCUGAAGCCAACUAGAUGGGGUAUGAGAUACAAGGGAGCAGGCCGCUCCCCCUGGCUGUGUAUCCCUCACGCUGAGCUUGGUGGGGUCCUCCAGGGUGACCAGCAGCACGUGCUCUGCCUGACCCAGGCUGCUGGGGCAUGCUGGGUUCCUCCUCCAAUUCACCCUCCCUUAGAUAAACGGAAAGACGGCUUUCUAAGAGGUUUGGUGUUUGCAGAGAAGGUCCUCAGUCUCACUGCUUGGCUGUGUAGCCCUCUUAUAGGCAGGCAGACAGACAGACAGGCAGACCGACAGACAGACAAGAAUGCAGGCAGACAGACAGACAUGCAGGCAGACCGAUAGGCAGAUGGAUAGUUAGACAGACAGACAGACAUGCAGGCAGACUGAUAGGCAGACAGGCAGAUGGACAGGUAGGCAGACAGACAGGUUAGACAGACAGACAGACAUGAUGCUGAGGACACCACCACCCCCUUCCUGCCCCCUCCUCAUUCUCACCUCAUUCUUCUCUCAGGAACGACACACGACACCACAAAAGACCGUACCACACAGCAACAUGCCUUCUGUGCAAUUAAACAUGAGCUCUAUCUGUCCCUGUGCACCGUUCUGGAAACAUCUGAGUUGUUGCUGUUGCAGUUGUAUGUUAUGACACUCUUACAACCAACAGAAAGUUGCAAUGUCCAAGGGGGCAGGUAUGUAGUGAUACAGGUAUGUUCUGGGGAAAGGUCAAACUUUUGUGCCAAACUUUUUUUUUUCUGAUCAUCAAAUCUCUGUUAAUGUGCCACACUAAGCAAUUUAUGGAAUUAAAAUUAAGUCUUUUAUACAAAAUAACA